ACUGCUUCAAAAGUCAGUUGAAUACUUUAGUUUCUGGUUUUCUGACCCGGCUUGACUCACUACUAGUACUAGUGGAACUGUAGACCGAAGGGUACCUACUCUUGAGAUGGCUCGACUCACGGCCUUGAUCAUGGCGGUGCUGCUCCACUCGGUGCUGGGCAUCUCGUACUAUUACUACUUUCGCGGAUCUCCCGGCUCCGCUGCUCCUCUUUUGGGCGCCUGGCUCUUCUCCGCCUGCGUGGUGACCCUUCUUCACGCAGUGAGGAUGUUUCCAAGUGCUUCGCCCGCCGAUCAGCGGUUUAGGAAUGGGAACCGAAACCUUCGGAGCAAUGAGUCGUCUUGGGCGUCGCUCUUCCUGGAAACAGGCGUCUGCUGUUUGGUGCUGGAUCUGACCCUUAGCAAACUGUGGCACCGCAUUGAGUCCCUCUGCCAGUGCGCCAUUGUGGGCAUACUCCAGGCCUUGGCCGUCGAGGAGAAAACCUUCCUGGCCUGCGAGUACUGGACCUUGGGCCUGACUACCGGACUGAUCGGCGCCUGUCUUCUGUGGCUCUCCCUAUGGGCCACCGCGUUGCCCCGGAAGCUCCGUUGCGGGAUGCUCGACUGGCGUCGCUGCCUUUAUCGCCGCUGCUCCACGCUGAUCUUCGGAACCCUCGAGCCCGGCACUUCAAUGCCGACCCAAGCCCAGGGAAGCGCCCAGAGCUUUGCCACCUGAGUUGGUGGUGACCAUCCCAUAUCAGUCAACCUGAGUCAAUAGCUAAAUUUACGGUUCAAAUUAUA